GGCUGUGGACCGCAAAGGCUAUUGGGGCCCCACGACCUCCACAUUGGACUGGUGUGAGGAGAACUAUGUGGUGACCUUGUUCGUCGCUGAGUUCUAUUUUCACAUUUCAGUUAUGCUUCUUCAUUGCGUAGAAUGAUUUGAAAACUUUUCCUUCUUGACCUCGGAUAAAUCUGAUAACUUCAUUCAUCAAAUGUUCUUCCAGGAAUACAGUGAGUAACCUGAUUAUGAUCAUACCUCCAAUUUUUGGUGCAAUUCAAGGCAUUAGAGAUAGACUGGAGAAACGGUACAUUGCUGCUUACUUAGCACUCACAGUGGUAGGAAUGGGAUCCUGGUGUUUUCACAUGACUCUGAAAUAUGAAAUGCAGCUGUUGGAUGAGCUCCCCAUGAUUUACAGUUGCUGCAUAUUUGUAUACUGCAUGUUUGAGUGUUUCAAGACAAAGAGCUCAAUAAACUACCAUCUUCUUUUUACCCUAUUUCUAUUCAGUUUAAUAGUAACCACGAUUUACCUAAAAGUAAAAGAGCCUAUAUUCCAUCAGGUCAUGUAUGGAAUGUUGGUCUUUACAUUAGUACUUCGUUCUAUUUAUAUUGUUACAUGGGUUUAUCCAUGGCUUAGAGGACUAGGUUAUACAUCCUUGACUAUCUUUUUAUUGGGGUUUCUAUUGUGGAAUGUAGAUAACAUCUUUUGUGAGUCACUGAGGAACUUUCGAAAGAGAGUGCCCCCUGUUUUAGGUGUUACAACACAGUUUCAUGCAUGGUGGCAUAUUCUGACUGGCCUGGGUUCUUAUCUUCACAUCCUUUUCAGUUUAUAUACAAGAACGCUUUACCUGAGGUACAGGCCAAAAGUGAAGUUUCUCCUUGGAAUCUGGCCAGUGGUCAUGUUUGAACCUCAGAGGAAGCACUGAUGAAUUAUUCUACCAAGAAAAUAAAAAACACCUAUUGUAUGUAGUUCUGCCAAGAUGGUCAAGAAAUCCCCAAAGACUUAUACAUGUGGAAGACACCAUGCCCAUCACAAGAGAUGAACGACUCAGCCACAGAGAAUGGGCAAUUGGUCUGUUGGAUGUUUAGCUCCUGGCUGUAUCUCGUUUGCCCUAGACCUAAGAUGCUUAGAGAGAAAAAGAAAGUGUAUAUUUAUAUUCUAGAAUGGUGGAGAAGUUGGGCUUUUCUUAACAGGUUAACAGUUUGUGCUGGUCAUUCAUGGAAAAUUAAUAUUUUUUCUUUUUUUCUAUUUUUUACAAGAGUUGCAUGUUAAUUGUACCUUUAUUAAUUUUUAAUUAAAUAUUGAACAAAGUCAUUGAGAAUUGGCAAAGUCCAAUAUCCAGAUGGCCCACUGUGAGCCAGCACUUAGCCAUGUCAACUUUGAUUUACGUUAUUAUAUUAACUUCACAGAUGGCUUUCCAGUAAUAAAAAGAAAAGGCGUGGGAUCCUAGGCAGCUCCUCGCUAUCUGUCGUGGUGCUAGCUGGAGUCUUGGAAGCAAACUCUGACCUGCCAGUGAGUGGGCUCUGUUCUCGUCACAUUCAAGAGUUUGUCUUGGGCUCUGUGGCCCACAGCCAAUCAAAGGUGUGGGCCAUCCAACACCCCUUCAGAAGCUGUCCCAGAGCACCUGUGGAAUAUAGCCCUCUCACCAGUCAAAGACUGUUGUUUUGCUUUCUUUGAUCUUCAAAUUAUUAUUAUUAUUACUGUGUAUAGCAAAUUUAACUGGUAAUCAGUUUUAUUAACACAGUUAAUUGACUUUAUCAGGGAAAGUUGUAAGCUUUUUACUUUUUGCAUUAUGCAGUAUGCAUAGUGAAGCAAAUAGUUUUAAUUUAGAUUUGAGUGUAUACAAAAUUGAAUUGAUUAUCACGGAUAGUAAAUGAAAAAUCAUAUGUUAUAUCUGCUGAUUGCAUCCUGAGCUUUGGCUUCAAAAGGGUUUUUUUUUUUUCUCAUGUAAAACUGGUUUUAAAAAAAUUCUUAUCUUUUCAAUAUUCAUUAGCAAGCAGGGUGAUGCAUGCCUUUAAUCACAUCACUUGAAAGGCAGAGAUAGGCUAGGCAGAUCUCUGUGAUUUUAAGGCCAGCCUGGCCUAUAGUUCCAGGACAGACAGGAAUAUGUAAUGAAACUGUCUCAAAAAUGAAAAACAGUUUGUGGUUCAUUAGGUAGCCUUGGAAUAUUUAUAAAACCAAAAAUGUUUCCUUCACCCUCUGGCCUUAGUUUUUUAAAGCCCAAGUACCAGUUUUCUUCCUUUACAUCUCAGAUGGCCAUUAAACAAACAUACCUUUUAUAAAAGCCAAAACAUAAAUCUGAAAAAACCUUAGUUGUACUUUGAAUGUGGGCAUGGGAUCAAAGUCUAGAGCACAUUUACUGAAUUUCCCAGUUUCUUGUCUUCUGGAACAAGAACUGGACCAGGGACACAUAGAUGGUGAUGGAAAUAGAGACCUUUUGUUAGGAAAAAAGAAAAAUAUUCCCCAGAAUGAGAGUAUGUCCAAGGACUAGGAAAGGUCUAAGGCUGAAAAGCCUUGGACCAAAAGAGUCUCUGCUCUAUAUAGGACCUCUGCAUAGCCUCCAUCUUUUCUGGAAAUUAGAGAAGGUAGGGCUUUAUUUUUUUAAAAGCAUGUUGUUUUGUUAUACAUAGAUCUGUUGGAGAGGUUUCCAGUCUUCCUUUGGAUUGGUUUUUGUUUGUUUGCUUCUAGAAUUUCCUAUUCUCCUACCUCACUUUAUCCCAUCCUAAGAGCUAUGGUUCCAAAAAUCUUUUUGAGGAGCUAAAGGAUGGUUAUCUAUUUUGUAUAAUUUCCAUGUUAAUGAGGGAUGAAGUCUUUGCCAAAGAGAGACCAAAGCUCUCUUCCUAUUUUAUCUACUGGUUGGAGAGGAGGCUUAAGAGUUUUUGUUUUAGGAGUUGCCUUGAAUCUUUGUAUCAUAAUGAUAAAUUGUAAUGAUUUUUUUUUUUAAAAAAAAAAAAAAAGUAAGAAUUUGGGCUGGAGAGAUGGUUUAACAUUUAAGAGCACGAAUUGCUCUUGCAGAAGCCUUGAGUCAGAUUCUCAGCAUCCACAUUGCAUCUCACAACCAUCCAUAACUAUAGUUUCUAAGGAUCUAACAACUUCUGACAUCUGCUGGCACCAGACAUGCACAUUGUACAUAUACAUAUAUAAGUAAAACACCUAAUAAAUUUUUAAAAAUUGUCAGUGUAAAAAAAAAAAAAAAAGAUUAUGUCAACCAUUGGCUCCAGAAAGGACCAGAGUCAGGAAAAGCAUAGCUAUGCUUACGUAAAAUAUUCUGAAUAUGGUCCUUUAGAUUGUUAAAACAAAUCAAACAAAAUCCACAAACAAAAAAACCCAAACUGAUGGUUAUGCAUUAAGGUUAUGGCAAACACAAAAAGAACAAUAUGUAGGGAAAAAAUCCAGUAGUGGAACAGAUUAAAAGAAGAAAGUAUGGGAUCGUAACCAUUUGGUACCAACCAUGCCAAAAGAAAAAAUGGAAAACCAAAGCAUAAGGUUAUAAUUACUGAUAGUUACUUUGUCUUUAAGAAGCUAAAGCAUACUGUUUGUUGUCUGAAGAGAUCCUUUAAAUCCUUCAGCCUUUUAAUGGCUUAUACUGAGGUAGCCUGUCUCUAAGGUGUUCUUGAGGCUAUGGACUUGGAUCUUAUGGACACAGGUGCCACUUCCUUAGAAUGACCUCUAACAGGUUAUAGCCUGUCUCCAAACAUCUAGUGCCCUUCUUCAGCCAACUGUAUUACUCUGUCAGAUACAGUAUAGUGUCUUUGCCCAGGAUCUCCAGAGAAAUAAGAUUUUAGCAAUGUGCUAAGUUGUAACCAAAAUAAGGAAGACUUUUCCUUUUUGGUAAUACUUAAUAGUAUGUCCUUUUUAUUACAUACAGAGUAAAUAUACCCGGCCUGAUAUUGCUGCUUGAUGGUGUUGUAAUUCCUAUAAUUAUCAUUAUGGAAAGAAAGUUCAACUUAAAGAUCUUUGGCAAAUAUAACCACCGUUUAGAUGUAUCUCGGCCUUAACAGAAAUCUUACCUCCAUCACUUGUACACUAAGAACACUCCUAUAAAAGCAGUCAGUCCAACAGAAGAAUUCUAACACAGUACUCAGAGCAUUGGAUCAACAUAGAGCAUUUUGAUGAUGUUUUAUUUUUGUUACACCUGACUUUAAAAAAAUGAAAUAAAAUUUUAAUCUUUCUCAGAA